CAAAAAAAUUUGUGUGUUGUUGAUUUGAUUUAAAUUUAAAAUACAAAUUUACAAAAAUAAAAGCUUAGCAGUUCAACAUUUCAGUAAAAAAUAAUGAAACCCUCUAUUGAUGUGGACUCACUACGUUCCGAACACGAGUCCGAGGAGCAGUGGGAGGUGCGAAGAAUGUUCAUGCUUGAGCACAAGGACGACUUUGAAGAGGCGGAGUUAGUGACGUUGGCGCAAUUGUUCACCAAUAUAGAAUUUUUAGGAUGCAGAUACCCACCACAGACAAUGAAAAGGAUUGCUAUGCUUUCUGAGAAGGUUUCAGCCAAAUACAGAGACAGCCGCAAGAAUAAACUGAAAAGGACAUUCGUACAGGCCAGCGAUGCCGCUGAGCAGAAGGCAAAAAGAACAUUCAAAAAAUAAGAAAAGCAAAUUGUUUGCAAUAUAUAGAUCUUUUGUGAGAUUGUAUUUUACAACUGA